UAGGGACGGCAGGUUCACGUUUCCGCUUGGCAUAUUGUCUCUUUUCUGCUGUAAGACGAAGUCAUGGCGGUCGGCAAGAAUAAGGGGCUCUCGAAAGGAGGCAAAAAGGGCGUGAAAAAGAAGAUCGUGGAUCCUUUUACUCGUAAGGACUGGUAUGAUGUUAAAGCACCAUCUAUGUUUGCCAACCGACAGGUUGGAAAAACCUUGGUCAACAGAACUCAAGGAACAAAGAUUGCUUCCGAGGGAUUAAAGUUCAGAGUGUUUGAAGUAUCUCUGGCUGAUUUGCAAAGUGAUCAAGAUGCAGAGAGAUCUUUCCGAAAAUUUAGGCUGAUUGCCGAAGAUGUCCAAGGCCGUAAUGUAUUAACCAAUUUCCAUGGUAUGGAUCUGACAACGGACAAGCUUCGAUCAAUGGUGAAAAAGUGGCAAACAUUGAUUGAGGCCAAUGUGGACGUGAAGACUACAGACGGUUAUCUACUUCGAGUCUUCUGUAUUGGUUUUACAAAUAAAGAUCAGCUGAGCACGAGGAAGACGUGCUAUGCUCAGCAUGCGCAGGUUAAAAAAAUCAGACAGAAGAUGGUUGAAACCAUCACAGAAGACGUUACUAAAACCGAUCUAAAAGGCGUGGUUAGUAAACUGCUUCCAGAUGCUACUGCUAAGGAUAUCGAGAAGGCAUCACAGGGUAUUUAUCCUCUGCAUGACGUUUACAUUCGUAAGGUAAAGGUAUUAAAGAAGCCGCGCUUUGAACUCAGCAAACUGUUAGAGUUGCAUGGAGACGGAGGUGGCAAUAAGAGCGAGGAGGUCGGCGACAGUGGUUCCAAGGUAGACAGACCGGAGGGUUACGAACCACCAGUACAGGAGUCUGUUUAAAGAUGAGUGCUUUAAAAACUUUCAUAAAAAAUAAAAACCAGAUGAUUGUGUAAAUAA